AUGGGAAGCGCUGGGAGGCUUGCUUUGUUUUCUUUGUUUUGCAUUCAAAUCCUUGCAGUGAGUGUGCUUGCAAGGAAUGUAGUGAGUGUGGAGCAUGAUGAGGAGGAAAAGAACUUAGCUGUUGGGCUGGGAGGGGGAUUUGGUGGAGGAGGUGGGUUUGGCGGAGGAGGUGGGUUUGGCGGUGGAGGUGGAGGUGGUGGUUUUGGAGGCGGCGCUGGUGGAGGUGCUGGCGGUGGGUUUGGUGCUGGUGCUGGUGGCGGAGCUGGAGGUGGCGGCGGCUUUGGAGGUGGCAGUGGUGGAGGUGGAGGAUUAGGUGGGGGGCAUGGGAUUGGUGGUGGUGCUGGUGGUGGAUUUGGUAAAGGUGGUGGUGUUGGCGGUGGGAUUGGUAAAGGUGGCGGAGGUGGUGGCAUUGGGGGUGGAAUUGGAAAGGGUGGUGGAGUUGGAGGAGGAGCUGGUGGUGGAUUUGGUAAAGGUGGUGGUGUUGGCGGUGGGAUUGGUAAAGGUGGCGGAGUAGGCGGUGGUGCUGGGGGUGGUUUUGGCAAGGGUGGUGGCAUUGGGGGUGGAAUUGGAAAGGGUGGUGGAGUUGGAGGAGGAGCUGGUGGUGGUGUUGGUGGUGGGAUUGGUAAAGGUGGCGGAGUAGGCGGUGGUGCUGGGGGUGGAGUUGGAGGAGGAGCUGGUGGUGGAGUUGGAGGAGGAGCUGGUGGUGGUGUUGGUGGUGGGAUUGGUAAAGGUGGCGGAGUAGGCGGUGGUGCUGGGGGUGGAGUUGGAGGAGGAGCUGGUGGUGGAGUUGGAGGAGGAGCUGGUGGUGGUGUUGGUGGUGGGAUUGGUAAAGGUGGCGGAGUAGGCGGUGGUGCUGGGGGUGGAAUUGGAGGAGGAACUGGUGGUGGAGUUGGAGGAGGAGCUGGUGGUGGAUUUGAAAAAGGUGGUGGUGUUGGUGGAGGAAUAGGAAAAGGUGGCGGUGUCGGUGGGGGAGCUGGUGGUGGCUUCGGAAAAGGUGGUGGAGUAGGUGGUGGGAUUGGCAAAGGUGGUGGUAUUGGUGGAGGUGGAGGCAUUGGGAAGGGUGGUGGAAUUGGUGGUGGGGGUGGUUUUGGGAAAGGUGGUGGCAUUGGAGGUGGAAUCGGUAAAGGAGGGGGAUUUGGUGGCGGCUCUGGUGGUGGGAUUGGUGGUGGAUUUGGCAAAGGUGGUGGUGUUGGAGGAGGAAUAGGAGGAGAUUCCGGUGGUGGGUUCGGAGGCGGUGGUGGAUUUGGUGGAGGUGCAGGUGGAGGUGGUGGUGGCGGCUUCGGUGGAGGUAUUGGGCACCACUGA